AAACGCUAUCAUGCACCUUUAAGGAACACAAAAAUCAAGUUGAGGGUUACAAGCUAUUGUUCUGGCAGUGUUUUCAGUAUUUUAUUUUCCCAUAUUUGUUUGUUGAAACUUGUGUACAGCAUUGGACUGUGGAAGUUGGUGGCCAAGUACCACAGUAACCCACAGGAGAGUUACACUGCAGAGUUCGAAGUCAAACAGUAUGUACUGCCCAGUUUUGGAAUUAAAGUGACACCUCUCAGCCCAUUCUUCUAUGUGGACAGUCAAGAGCUGACCGUCAAAAUCAAAGCUACGUAUCUGUUUGGUGAGGAGGUGGAUGGGAUGGCCUUUGUAGUGUUUGGAGUUGUUCAUGACCACCAGAAAAAGAGUUUUCCUGCUUCACUUCAGCAAAUACAGAAUAAACUAGACUGCAUCCGACUUCAGAGAACCACAAGACGAGAGUCUGGAGACUGUUGCGUCUUUGUCUUCACAGAGACGUGGCUGAGCGACAGAGUUCCUGACGACGCCAUUCAGCUAGACGGACUAGCCACAUUUCAAGCCGACAGAAACUUAGCCCUGUGCGGUAAGACUCGCAGUGGAGGACUGUAUGUCUACAUCAACACAGAAUGGUGCAAGAACUCUGUACUAGUCUCCAGUCACUGUUCACCUCUGGUGGAGUUCAUGGUCGUCAGAUGCAGACCUUUUUAUCUCCCGAAGGAAUUCACCACAGUGCUGAUCAUCAGUGUUUACAUCCCAGCCAACGCUAAAGACGCACUCCGUCAGCUGUACAGCGCUGUCAGCAGACUGCAAAACACACACCCCGACGGACUGGUUAUUGUUGCUGAAGAUUUCAACCAUGUGAAUCUCAAGUCAGUUCUCCCUAAAUUCCACCAACAUGUGAACUUUGCAACGAGAGGAGUGAAUGCACUGGACCUCAUUUACACGAACGUUCCCAGCGCGUACCGGGCAGAGCCCCGCCCUCACCUCGGAUACUCAGAUCACAUCUCUGUUAUGCUGAUUCCAGCAUACAGACCGCUCGUCAGACGCUCAAAACCAGUUCUGAAGCAGGUAAGAACCUGGCCAUCAGGAGCCAUCUCUGCUCUCCAGGACUGCUUUGAGCACACUGUCUGGCAAAUGUUUAGGGAGGCUGCAACCUACAGUAACACCAUAGACUUGGAGGAGUACACUUCAUCUGUGACCAGCUACAUCAGCAAGUGCAUAGAUGAUGUGACUGUCUCCAAGACCAUCAUCGCAUGUCCCAAUCAGAAGCCGUGGAUGACUGCAGAGGUGCGUGCUCUGCUGAAGGCUAGAGACUCUGCCUUCAAAGUAGGAUACAAGGCAGCUCUAAAAAAAGCAAGGGCCAAAAUGUCCUGGGCCAUCAGAGAGGCAAACGGUCAGAGCAUCCACGAUGCGCUGAAUGACUUCUACGCUCGGUUUGAGACACAGAACAGUGUGGCAGCGAGGAAGACCACCCCUCCUCCUGACGACCAGGUGUUGUGCCUUACAGCAGCUGGUGUGAGGAAAACUCUACGCAGAGUUGACCCAUGGAAAGCUGCUGCAACAGACAACAUUCCUGGUAGAGUGCUCAGGGAAUGUGCAGACCAGCUAACAGAUGUCUGCACUGACAUCUUCAACAUCUCCCUGAGCAAUGCCACCAUCCCAACAUGUCUCAAGGCAACCACCAUCAUACCUGUGCCAAAGAAGUCUUCAGUGUCCUGCCUCAAUGACUACUGUCCCGUCGCACUCACAUCCAUCAUCAUGAAGUGCUUUGAGAGGCUUGUCAUGAGGCACAACAAGACCCUGCUGCCUCCUUCACUAGACCCUCUGCAGUUUGCGUACCAUCCCAACCGCUCAACGGACGACGCCAUAUCCACCACUCUUCACCUGGCACUCAAUCAGAGACACUUAUCAAUACACAGCUUGAACCACAUCAUCAAGUUUGCAGAUAAUAUGACUGUGGUGGGGCUCAUCAGCAAGAAUGACGAGUCAGCAUACAGAGAGGAAGUGCUACAGUUAAUGGACUGGUGCAGAACCAACAACCUGUCUCUGAAUGUAGACAAGACCAAAGAGAUGGUUGUUGACUUCAGAAGGACAAGACGUGAUCACUCUCCACUGCACAUCAACAGCUCUGCUGUGGAGAUCGUCAAGAGCACCAAGCUGAAGAAGGCACAUCUCCCACCUCCCAUCCUCACCACAUUGUACAGAGGAACCAUCGAGAGCAUCCUGAGCAGCUGUGUCACUGCCUGGUUUGGGAACUGCACCGUAUCGGAUCGCAAGUCCCUGCAACGAGUAGUGAGGAUGGCUGAGAAGAUCAUCGGUGUCUCUCUUCCCACCAUCACAGACAUUUACACCACACGCUGCAUCCACAAAGCAACCAGUAUUGUGGAUGAUCACACACACACCCCUCACACUCACUCUUCACCCUCCUACCAUCUGGAAAAAGGUUCAUCCAAGAGUUUGCAAGACCUCAUUUACGGCAUUCUUUUGGCAAUUAGGGAUGUGGCAAGGAAAGGGAUUGAGAUAACACUGAUGUUGGUUCCAGGGCAUAUAGGUACCCCAACAAAUGAGAAGGUAACCAGAGGAAAGGCAGAUGCCACACUGAAGAGAGAGCAAAUCACAAAGACCUUCAACAUUACCAAACUGGUGGGGGCUGCUAUAUUCGUCCAUGUUAGCAUGCUGACAGAAAGUGGUAAUGAAAUGGUUGAGGCAGAGUUGAGAGGAAUCAAGAUUGUCACAUCACCCUACACCAUCCACUUCAAGAAAACACCCAAAUAUUUCAAACCAGGAAUGUCCUUCGAUGUUACGGUUGAAGUUUUGAAUCCUGAUGAGACUCCAGCAGAAGGUAUUGCAGUGGUGGUGAAUCCAGGUCAAGUGCAAGGUUUAACUGCACCAAAUGGCAUGGCUAAGCUUACCAUCAACACAGUAAUUAUGCAACAAAGACUGGAAGUUACAGCGCACAUCAUGGCUGAUUCAGCAGGCUCCAUCACUGACUGUGGGAAGGCAUGCGCUGUGGCAGAUUCAACAUGCUCCGUCAUUGAUGGUGGGGAGGCGUGCGUCAUGGCUGAUUCAGCAGGCAGCGUCGGUGACUGUGGAGAGGCGCGUGCCUUGACAGAUUCAGCAGGCUCCGUUGGUGACUGUGGAGAGGCGCAUGCCUUGACAGAUUCAGCAGGCUCUGUCGGUGACUGUGGGGAGGUGCGUGCCAUGGCUGAUUCAGCAAGUGAAGGCGGUGAAGCGUGCAUUGGAACAGUGCUUUCUGACGACAUCGAGCACCAUAGAGCAAAGACCAGUGAUCCUGGUAUUUCGUCAGGAAGACAAGCAUCUGCCUCCAUGAUAGCGCUACCAUAUUUGACCCAAAGCAACAACUACAUCCACAUUGGAGUGGGUAAAGCUGAGCUGCAAUUAGGAAACAACUUGAAAAUCAACUUCAACCUCAACCAACAGUCAAAUCAAGAACAUGACAUUACAUACCUGAUCAUGAGCAGAGGUCAGCUGGUGAAACACGGCAAAUAUAGAACAAAAGGCCAAAUGCUGGUAUCAUUAAUAGAGCAGGUUACCAAGAACAUGAUUCCAUCAUUCCGCAUCAUCGCCUAUUACCAUCCACAGCCAGAUGAAGUUGUAUCAGACUCAGUUUGGAUUGAUGUCAAGGACACCUGCAUGGGUGUAUUGAAGUUGGAACCAACCAGUUUUAAAGCAUCCUAUGAGCCUCGCACAAUGUUUGGUCUAAAAGUGACAGGAACCCCAGGUGCUACAGUGGGACUGGUCGCAGUUGACAAAGGCGUCUACAUCCUAAAUAACAAACAUCUCCUCUCCCAGAAAAAGGUCUGGGAUGUGGUGGACAGUUAUGACACAGGCUGCACACCAGGUGGCGGAAAGGACAGCAUGAGUGUGUUUUCUGAUGCUGGGCUUGUGUUUGAGACGAACACUGCAGCUGGGACUCCCUACAGACAAGAUCUGAAGUGCCCAGUCCUGAGCAGAAAGAAACGAGCAACCACUCUAAUGGAUGUCAGAACCACCCUUGUGAGUCAAUAUGAAGAACAAGUGCAACGUGAAUGUUGUUUGGAAGGAAUUAAAGACUCUCCUUUGUCCUAUGACUGUGAGACUCGCAGCGAGUACAUCAAUGAUGGUGAAACCUGCAUUGAGGCCUUCGUGCACUGCUGCAAGGAAACAGAAAGUCAGAGAGCUGAGAUAAGGCAGAAUAGCCUCCAACUUGCUCGCAGUGAGGAGGAGGACAGUUACAUGGAUAGUAAUGAGAUAGUUUCUCGCACCAAAUUCCCUGAAAGUUGGCUGUGGUCGGAUAUCAUUCUGCCUCCUUGUGAUGAUGUAAAUCCUGACUGUGAAACAACAUCAUUGGAGAAAAAGAUCCCCUUGCAAGACUCAAUUACAACUUGGCAGUUCACUGGAAUUAGCUUGUCAAGAACCCAUGGUAUCUGUGUUGCUGAUCCAUUAGAGGUAAUUGUUUGGAAGGGAUUCUUCAUUGAUCUCAAACUACCCUACUCUGCUGUGUAUGGAGAGCAGGUGGAAGUGAAGGCAGUACUCCACAAUUAUAACCCCGAUCCUUUGACUGUGCAAGUGGAUCUCUUGGAGAAGGAACAUGUGUGUAGUUCAGCAUCUAAACAUAGGAAGUACCGUCAGGAGGUCAAAGUUGGGGCCCAGACUACACGAUCUGUACCCUUCAUCAUUAUUCCUAUGAAGGAAGGACAAGUACCUAUUGAGGUUAAAGCAGCUGUUAAAGAAUCUCAUCACCAUGACGGAAUCAUGAAGAAGCUGCUGGUCAUGCCUAAAGGUGUAUUCAUGAACUCUCCAAAGGUUAUUUUCCUUCACCCUGCAAGUAAAGGUGGUAAACAAAAGGAAAUUCUCAACAGUGAAAUUCCAAAGGAAGAUUUGGUGCCAAACUCACCUACUAGCACACAGAUCUCUGUAACGGGAAGGGAGGAUUGGAUAAAGGUUGAAAAAGCCAUUAAUGGAACAUCUUUGGGUACUCUAAUUUACCAGCCAUCUGGAUGUGGAGAAGAGAACAUAGUCCACAUGACCCUGGCUGUUAUUGCUACCACAUAUUUGGACAAGACCAAUCAGUGGGAAACUAUGGGAUUUCAGAAACGUUACAAAGCUCUCCAACAUAUACAGACUGGCUACAAUAACGAACUUGUCUACCGUAAAACUGAUGGGUCUUUUGCUGCUUCACUCGCUCAUCCAAGCAGUACUUGGUUGACUGCGUAUGUUGUCAAAAUAUUUGCUAUGGCCAAUUAUUUGGUUACAGUUGAAAGGCAUGUGAUAUGUGAUGCUGUCAACUUUCUGAUUCUCAAUGCACAACAACCUGAUGGCUUGUUUAAAGAAGUUGGACAUGUGACUCAUGAUGACAUUAUAGGGGAUGUGCUCGGCAUAGAUUCGGAUGCCUCUAUGACUGCCUUCUGCCUUAUUGCUAUGCAAGAGUCUCGCACUCUAUGUGCUGAUAUUCUUGGUAGUCUACCAGGCAGCAUUGACAAUGCUGUAUCCUAUCUGGAAAGACGCCAGAAAAGCCUGAACAACCCAUAUGCUGUUUCGAUGGUAUCAUAUGCUCUGGCCAAUGAAAAUAAACUCAACCGGGAUGUCCUCAAGAAGUUUGCUUCUCUAGAUUUCACCCACUGGCCUGUACCUAGGGGACGCAUUUUCACAUUAGAAGCAACAGCUUAUUCUCUUCUGGCUCUGGUCAAAGUCAAGGCUUUUGCAGAUGCCAGACCUAUUGUCAAAUGGUUUAACAAACAGCAAAGGGUGGGAGGAGGAUUUGGAUCAAUACAGGCUACCAUAAUGGUGUACCAAGCAGUAGCUGAUUACUGGGUCAGUGCUUCAGAAACAGAUUAUGAUCUCAAUGUGGACAUCAUGUUACCAGGCAGAUCAAAGCCUGAGAAGUAUUACUUCAACAAACAAAGCCAUUUUGCCACAAGAACAUCAAAGGUUUGA